AUGGCCGUGGUGAUCCGGCUGCAGGGUUUGCCGAUGGUCGCCGGUACCAUGGACAUCCGCCACUUCUUCAGCGGCCUAACCAUUCCGGAUGGCGGCGUGCACAUUGUGGGCGGUGAGCGUGGCGAGGCGUUCAUUGUGUUCGCCACGGAUGAAGACGCCCGUGUGGGCAUGAUGCGCGCAGGUGGAGCUAUCAAGGGCGCUAAGGUGUCUCUGCUGCUGAGCUCCAAGACCGAGAUGCAAAACACCAUCGAGCUGAGCCGCCGCCGAUUCGACCCCGCCCCCUCAGAGGCCACGCCCACUCGCACUGCAGCACCACCCACUGCAGCACAACGGCCCAACCCCAACCCGCAGGAAACCAAAGCAACUCCCAACAUGGCCGCGAACAUGGCUGCUAACAUGUCCGCCAACAUGGCCGCCGCCUUCCCCCAGAGCUUCAGCGCCGCUCCUGGUUUUAGCUCUGCCCAGAGUUUUAGCCCCGCCCACAGUUUUAGCUCCACCCCCAGCUUUAACCCUGCCCCUAGCUUCAGCUCUGCUCCCAGCUUUAACCCUGCCUCUAGCUUCAGUUCUGCCCCCAGCUUUAACCCUGCCCCCACACUGGCCUCACUGACCUCACUGACUCCGUCCCUUUCUGCACUCCCCCAGAUGCCCUCACCCAUGUCCCACCUGCUCCCUCCCUUUAACCCUGCCCUCCCGCCUCCUAUGGGCGGAGCUAACCCUCUCUUGUUUCCUAUGGCUCCUCCCCCUUUGUCCUCGCCCCUCCUGCCCCCCGUGACUCCCCUGACCCCUGACGAUCUUGUGCUUUGCGUGCAGAACCUGCCAGGGGUGUUCUCCGAGGGAGAGGUGUCAGACUUCCUGAGGGGGCGGGGCUUAGGUGGCGUGGAGAGUGUGCGUUUGGUCAGGGACUCGGGUGGGCGGGGUACAGGACGAGCCCUUGUGCGUUUCUUGUCGCCGCAGGACAGUUACACAGCAUUGAAGCAGGGGGGCGGCACUUUAGGCUCGCGAUACGUGGAGAUAGUGCCUGCCUCCCAGCGGCAGUGGGACGGGGCGGAGCCAGAGCGAAGGAGGGAGGAGCAGAGGGCGCGGUCUCGCUCUCCACACGGCGCUCCGGAGCUGUGUGUGUUCCUCAAAGGCCUGCCAUACGAGGUGGACUCUAACAUGAUCAAAGAAUUCUUCAAAGGCCUGCGCAUGGUGGACGACAGCCUCUACAUCGCCUACGCACCCAAUGGCAAGGCCACGGGCGAGGGCUUCGUCGAGUUCCACUCGGAGCACGACCACAAGAUGGCACUAGCUGCGCAUAUGCAGUACAUGGGGGCGCGUUUCAUCCAAGUGCACCCCAUCAGCCGCCGCGGUAUGAUCGACAAGAUUGAACAGAUCCGUAAACGCGAGAACGACAACAAGAACACACGUGCGCCCAAGACCUGCGUGCACAUUACCAACAUUCCCUACAACGUCACGCGCAAAGACGUGCGCGGCUUCCUGGAGGGUGUGGGACUCGUAGAGGACACGCUGCAGGUGCUCACAGACGGCCAGGGGAACGGGCUUGGGCAGGCCGUGGUGCAGCUGCGUUCAGAGGACGACGCUCGUAAAGCAGAGCGCCUGCACCGGCAGAAAUUAAAUGGACGAGACGCCUUUGUGCACCUGGUAACCUACGAGCACAUGAAGGACGUGGAGAAGAAUCCGCCGCCUCAGAACAAGAGGGGGACAAGACUGGCCCUGCCCACUAACCCCAGAGCCCCGCCCACGGCGCCCAUGGGCCCGCCCCCUGCACACAUGGCUCCUCCCCCAGCCUUUGGCCAUGCCCUCUCUGAUGACUUUGCCUUCCUGAGAAGCCCCGCCCCCUUCGCCCCGCCCUUUUCUUCUCCGGGGAAUGGCUUAGCUCCACCCCCGACACACAUGGCCCCACCCCCUCUUGUGCUGCCCCCCCUUGACUCGCCCUUUAGGGGUGGAGCUCAUUUUGGACAUGAGCCUCGAGGCCCCGCCCCCUUUGACGACGGUCUAAACCGUAAUCACGGCAACAACGCCCCUAGCCCUUCCUUUCCCCCUGACCCUGCUAUGCGCAACGCCCCACCCCCCGCAGCUAAUGCUAAUGGCGGCGGCCCCACGGUGGUGAAGCUGCAGAACAUGCCGUUUACUGUGACAGCGGAUGAGAUCAUGGACUUCUUCUACGGUUAUGCCGUCGUCCCGGGAUCCGUGUGUCUACAGUUUAACGACAAAGGCCUGAAGACCGGAGAGGCCAUGGUUGCCUUCAGUAGUGCCGAUGAAGCCAGCGCCGCCGUUAGCGAGCUCAAUGACCGACCAAUCGGAUCGCGCAAGGUCAAAAUUAGCCUGGGCUAA